AUGUAUGGACAAAGCACCAGCAAUAGUAACAAUGGAGUACAAAUAUGUGUCGAGCCUUUAAGUGAAUGGAAAAUUCAAGAAAUUACUUACGACGGCUUUGAAAAAUAUAUAAAACCUAGCGAUUUUAAAGACGUUCUCAGAAAAAAUGCUCGUCGAAUAAAAUGGCGUAAAAUUGUUGGAAAUGAUUCUAGUUUGGAUAGAGCUCCAAUAGAUGAAGAUUCUGAUGAUUCUGAGGGUGAAGGAAAAGAUGACAACCAAAAGAAGAGUGAGGCUGUUAAAACUCCAAGUGCUUUAAAUAUUCAUGAACCUGUUGCUGGUCCGUGGGCUGCUGUUGGGAAACAUUUACAUAAUGCUUUACAAGAAGUCCAUAUUCUCUUAGACGCUCUCAAGAUCACUUCUCGAACCUAUUAUUUAUCACCAUCAGUGAACGCUUUAAUUCAAGAUGACAUGCCAGAACACGAACAAAUUGCAUAUUCAAAGACUUAUCAAUUAUGUACUCGGAAAAGGGCACUAAUCGACGCCACACGUCUCAUCGAAAAAAUGGUUAAAUAUCGACAACAAGUGGUUGUGACACCUGUAGAUACUGGGGAGGGGAAUUUUACAAAGGAGCUCCGCGAAUUACGCGAAAAUUGGCGCGUUCGAAAAAGUGGCUCAACCAUUUAUGGGGAUCUUGGCUAUAAAACUUAUGUCCCAAAAUUUGCUCCACAAGAAAUUUUUGAUGUUUUUCAAAAAACACAAAUUUCUCGGCAGCUUGGAAUUGUGCGUUUUAACAAUCCUUCUUAUGUUGGAGUUAAUAUUGCACACAAUUUGUGUUUUAGAUCGAAACUUGUUGUGCUAAUUGAACCGGAUGACGAAAAAAGUGCACUUUUAUUAUACAAAAACAGACCUACACAACAAUCAAUAAAUGAGGACCAAAUAAAACAUAUUCAUUGGAAGCAAGCACUUCCUUGGGCACAGGAUACCUUAAUUUGUAAAGAUAUACUUUCACAGUUAAUAAACGAAUCAGUUUCCGCUCAACAAAACGAUGCUCUAGUUUCUAUUGCAACAGAAAAUUCAAUUGUAAUUUCCUUGUUCGAUGGAUUGUUGAUACGUGUGACUCUGCAUUCAUUUCCUUUUUUGGAAAGGGUUUUUUUAAAUAUUUUUCCGACCCAAAAAAAAUUUUUAAAGGAAGAAUUGUCUCCGUCAGAAGCAGGAAUUCCUUUUCUUUCCCAAACUCUUCGAGAACUUUUUCUAGCCGAACAUACAAGCAAACCUAAAAGAGCUCAACAAUUUGUUACGCUACCACAAACAGCAUUACCUGAAAGUUUGGAUAUGCGUGGACCUCAAGCUAUUUGUUUGGAAGAGGUUUGUUUGUUGUUUUAUGGGAGGGGAACUUUCUUAGGAGAAAGGGAGAGAACUUAUAGCUUAAGGGUCUUGGUUUCCUAUUUCCCUGAAACCCUGGUUCUUUCACGUAUGAAAACGUCCAAUUCUUUAAUCAAAAAAUUUGUGGAUCGUUGUUCCCAUUAUCAACUCGUAGUUAGAACAAUUGAUUUUUUACAAGAUUAUUCAAUUCAUUUUUGUGAUCCACAGCCUCAAUGGAAAUGGGUACGUGUUACACCCAAUUUUACUCUAAUUUCUCUCAAUUUUGUAAAUAGAGGAUUUGAAAAUCUUGCAAAGUAA